AUUACAGAGAAUCAAAGUUCGAAAUCUGUGAACAUAACCUCAUACUUUGGGUGUUGUCAUGGCUUUCGUUUUAGGAAAGUUUUCGUCAAAUUUGAGCCCCAAAUGUAACUCUGCCUUAAUUAACUUUAUUCGAAAUGGGCACCACCUCCGGGGAAAACCCCCAGGGGUUGCCAGAUCAUUAAAACAAAGAUUACAAGAAAUAAAUUACAAAGAUCCCUCUUUACAUUUCCGAGUUGAUAUCGGAUUACCAGCGCCUGCAGUUUCACGCUCUAAGCAAUUGCAAGAAAGGUUAAAAGUAUUGAAAGCUCUACGAAAAAAUCCAGACCUUGAGAAACUUGCUAGGAACAAGAAACUGUUAAUUGACUUAGAAGAAGCUAAUAAUGUUUGGUUGAAAACUUCAGGGUUGUACCAUGUCAAAGCAAUCGCUGAUCAUUAUGGAGUGUUUGAACAUUUAUUUGGUGAUGCGUAUUUUCUGCCGGUUGUUAGUUUGAAACUUUAUUUUAACAAGGAUAAUGUCCAACAUCCCGUAUAUUACGGUAAUGUAAUAAAACCAGCAGAUGCUUCAAACAAACCAGAAGUACAUUAUGAAAGUGAUGAUAAAACGCUGUGGACUUUGAUUAUGACAAACCCAGAUGGGCAUUUUACCCAACAAGAUAAAGAAUACGUCCAUUGGUUUGUUGGAAAUAUACCUGGGAACAAGAUUGAAAAAGGCGAAACAAUCGUUGAUUAUUUACAACCAAUUCCGCCUAAAGGAACAGGUUACCACCGCCACAUUUUUAUUUUGUAUAAACAGGAAAAAAAGCUGGACUUUUCUGAUUUUAAAAAACCUGGCAAGUGUUUAAAUUUGGAAGACCGGACGUUUUCAACUUUGGAUUUCUAUCGAGAAAGACAAGAUGAUCUAACUCCUGGUGGUCUUGCAUUCUUUCAAGCAGACUGGGACCGUUCCUUAACUGAUUUCUAUCAUAAUACUUUAAACGUGAAGGAGCCAAUUUUCGAAUAUGAUUUCCCUGGACCUUACAUAAGGCCACAAGAAUGGUUUGCAAAGAGAAGACCAUUUAACCUGUAUAUGGACAAGUACAGAGAUCCUAAACAAAUCAAUAAGGAAUUUUUGAUGAGGAAAUUGAAAAAUGUGCACCCUUUUAAAGCCCCGCCACCGCCUUUACCGUUCCCUAAUGCUAUUUAUUUUGAAGGAUAUGUUCCCUCGUGGUUGAAGCUGGAGAAGCAGAAGAGUAGGAUGAAGUGGGGGAGAAUAAAUGACAUUGAAUAGUUGUAUUUUUAUUUAAUUUAAAUAAAUAAAUGAGGAAAUAA